GAGGAAGAGUUAAAAGAAGCACUGUCACGGUUCGGAAAUAUUCGAUUGGCAAAAAUUUGUCGUUAUGCGGGUAGCGAGCAUUCGAAGGGAACCGCUUUUGUGCAUUUCGGAUCAGCUGAAGAAGCGGACGAAUGUCUUUUGGGCAUUAGAAAGUAUCCAUUUAUCACCUUGGAUGGUCGACAUAUUUUUGGUGACCGGGCGCUACCACGAUGCGCAAUUGCGAAACUCGAAAAGGAAAAACAUGAAACGCAGCGGCAAGAUAGAAGAAAUCUGUUUUUACUCCGUGCUAGCUAUGUACGACCAGAUGAUGGACCAGACAAGAUGAGUGUACAGGAUGAGCGGAAACGUGAAGGAUUCAGAGCUAUUGCAAUGCAAAAAAUGAAAAAUCCUCAUAUGUAA